AUGAACAUUUCGCUAGAGCUGGAAACAUACCAGUACUGCUAUCCAGCAGCUAAUGGAACGUGUGUUAAAAGUAGCUACUCUGGAUUUGCCAGGUUUGCCUUGUACAUGUUUUUUGUGUCGGGGAUGACCAUGACCAUCACAGGGAACCUGGUGGUCAUCAUCUCCAUCGCGCACUUCAAGCAGCUGCACACACCGACCAACAUGCUGGUUAUGUCACUGGCCCUGGCCGACUUGCUUCUGGGGGCCGUCGUGAUGCCCUUCAGCAUGAUCAGAUCAGUGGAGGGCUGCUGGUACUUUGGAGAUACCUUCUGCUCAGUGCACUCAACUUUCGACUUUUUCCUCGCAUGUGCUUCAAUAUUCCACCUGAUUUCCAUUGCGGUUGAUCGAUACCAGGCAGUUUACAAUCCUCUGCGGUACCAUAACACAGUAACCAUUGCUGUGGCUUGGCUGAUGGUUGCGUUGAGCUGGGCUGCAGCUGCUUCUUACUCCUGUGGUCUCCUUUACUCUAAGGGCAGUGUGACAGGCCUAGAUGGAUACAUCACUUCCAUAAAUUGCUUGGGGACCUGCAUCCUUCUGUUCAACGCACAGUGGAGCACCCCAAACACUCUGAUUGUAUUUUUCCUGCCAUGUUCGGUAAUGAUUGGCCUUUAUGCUAAAAUAUUUCUGGUAGCCGGACAACAUGUCAGACAUCUUGGAGAUAUGAGGCAACAGCCACGUUUUAAACAAAAUAAUGGGAAGAGGAAAACUCACAGCUCAGAGCGAAAGGCUGCAAAGACCCUUGGCAUUGUUGUAGGCGCCUUCAUACUCUGCUGGAUGCCUUACUUUAUCACCUCUGUACUCGACCCCUAUAUUGACUUUGCAACUCCUCCUGUUCUUUUUGAGGGGUUUGUCUGGCUGGGUUAUUUUAAUUCCACUUUAAAUCCUAUAAUCUAUGGACUGUUUUACCCGUGGUUUCAAAAGUCAUUGAAACUCAUUAUAUCUUUAAAGAUUUUUUCAACUCAUUCCUCAGAUACAAAGGUUUUUCCAGAAAAUUGA